AUGAGAUCAAGAUAUACAGGAUCUAAGCUGCUAAUCUUCAAACCACAUUUAACCAACUGUAAAAAUACUUAGAUACAUAGUGAGCAUAGGAAGCUUGUAUUGAAUUGCAUUAUACAUUAAAAUGGCUCUAAACUUGAGGACAGUGUUUCAUGUAUUGGCUUUCAGCUGGUAUGCAUUUGUGGUCCAAAGUCUUGCAGCUAAAGAUGGUGAAGAAUUACCACCCGGGAUUUUUGUGUACGGAGGACCAUGGAAAUACCUCACUUUUCUAAACCUGUUGUUGCAGAUGACAUUUUUUGGCCUGGCUGCAGCCUCAGACCUCCAGGAUGCAAAGAAGUCUCAGAGUUCUUUGGAGAGAUGUAAAGACUUGCUCUUCACUGUGUUUGGAUUUCCAGUGGGAAUGUUUGUCGUCCUGCUCUUCUGGUCCAUUUUUGCUUAUGACAGAGAGUUGGUUUAUCCAGCUACAAUUGAUGCAUUCUUCCCUCCUUGGAUGAACCACGCUAUGCACACAUUUGUCUUUCCCAUUUUAUUAGUAGAAAUUUUGCUGCAGCCUCAUUUUUAUCCAAAGACUAAACAAGCUGUCACUGCCCUGAGCCUUGUGGGUGUGUCUUACUUGUCCUGGAUUAUUUGGGUCUUCUUGUCGGCUGGGGUCUGGGUCUACCCCCUCCUCAAAUACUUCAGCGGUGUCGGACUGGUGGGGUUUUUCAUCUUCAACAUGGCCACAGUGACAGUAUUGUAUGUGAUUGGAGAGAAACUCAACAACAAAGUAUGGGGUAAACAAAUUGAACAGAUGACAGCAAAGUUGAGAUAAUCUUUCAUCAGUUUACA